CAGCGGCAAGCCCCGCCCAGCGGCUGCUCCGGGAGGAGGCGGGGAGCGCCGCCGCCAGCCCUGCAGCCCGGACGCGCUCGGCCGCCGCAGCCCGGCGUGCACCAUGGUGAAGAUCGUGACGGUCCGGACCCAGGCCUACGCCGACCAGAAGCCCGGCACCAGCGGGCUGCGCAAGCGGGUCCGGGUCUUCCAGGACAACGCGCACUACGCCGAGAACUUCAUCCAGAGCAUCCUGGCCACAGUGCCCGCGGCCGAGCGGCAGGAGGCCGCGCUGGUGGUGGGCGGCGACGGCCGGUUCUACAUGACCGAGGCCAUCCAGCUGAUCAUCCGGAUCGCCGCCGCCAACGGGAUUGGCCGUUUAGUGAUUGGACAGAAUGGAAUUCUCUCCACCCCAGCUGUCUCCUGUAUUAUUAGAAAAAUCAAAGCCAUUGGUGGCAUCAUUUUGACAGCCAGUCACAACCCUGGUGGCCCAAAUGGAGACUUCGGCAUUAAAUUCAAUAUUUCCAAUGGAGGUCCUGCUCCUGAAGGUAUUACUGAUAAAAUUUUCCAAAUUAGCAAGACUAUUGAAGAGUAUGCUAUCUGCCCAGAUCUGAAGGUGGACCUUGGUACCAUUGGAAAGCAGCAAUUUGACUUGGAGAACAAGUUUAAACCAUUUACAGUUGAAAUUGUGGACUCAGUGGAAGCUUAUGCGAACAUGUUGAGGAACAUCUUUGAUUUCAGUGCGCUAAAAGAACUACUUUCAGGACAAAACCACCUAAAGAUUCGCAUAGAUGCUAUGCACGGAGUUAUGGGCCCCUAUGUAAAGAAGAUCCUGUGUGAGGAGCUUGGAGCUCCUGCAAAUUCUGCUGUGAACUGUACACCUCUAGAGGACUUCGGUGGUCACCACCCAGACCCAAACUUAACCUAUGCUGCUGACUUGGUCCAGUCCAUGAAGACUGGAGAGUAUGACUUUGGAGCUGCCUUUGAUGGAGAUGGGGAUCGGAACAUGAUUCUAGGGAAGCACGGGUUCUUCGUUAACCCUUCAGACUCUGUUGCUGUCAUCGCUGCCAAUAUUUUUAGUAUUCCUUACUUUCAGCACACCGGCGUUCGUGGCUUCGCGCGAAGCAUGCCUACCAGUGGAGCAAUUGAUAGGGUGGCCAAAGCUACAAAGAUCGCUUUGUUUGAAACUCCAACUGGCUGGAAGUUCUUUGGAAACUUAAUGGAUGCAAACAAACUGUCUCUGUGUGGAGAGGAAAGUUUUGGUACUGGCUCUGAUCAUAUCCGUGAAAAGGACGGGCUGUGGGCUGUCCUGGCGUGGCUGUCUAUAAUAGCUGUCCGCAAACAGAGCGUGGAGGACAUCCUGAAAGAUCACUGGCAGAAAUAUGGGCGGAACUUCUUCACGAGAUAUGACUAUGAGGAGGUGGACGCAGAUGGAGCUAACAAAAUGAUGAAGGAUCUAGAAACUGUGAUGUUUGACCGUUCUUUUGUGGGAAAGCAGCUGUCAGCUGGUGAUAAAGUUUACACUGUCGAGAAAGCCGAUAACUUUGAAUACAGUGAUCCUGUGGAUGGAAGCAUCUCCAGAAACCAGGGUUUAAGGCUCAUCUUCACUGAUGGUUCUCGCAUCAUCUUCAGACUAAGCGGUACCGGCAGUGCUGGAGCGACUGUGCGACUAUACAUUGAUAGCUAUGAGAAAGAUGCUCCAAAAAUAUAUGAAGAUCCACAGGUCAUGUUGGCUCCUCUCAUUGGUAUUGCACUGCAGCUUUCACAGCUCCAUGAAAGAACUGGCCGCACCGGCCCCACAGUCAUCACAUGAAAAAGUCUGGGACCUGAUGCUCUCUGCGUGCAGCGCUGAAACGGCCGACUGUGCUGAAUGAGUCAAACAAAAUCAUCCAGUCCUUUUUAUCAAAUUGGUCACUAAAAGCAACGUUAACUCUAUUUAAAAGUAUUAUUUAAACUGAUAAAAGGCUAGAUGUUGUUAUUAAUAAACCAGAAUCACCCAUGUUUACACUGU